AUGAUAUCACGAGUAUGUCCUCAAUUAUUUGAAAAGGUCCAAAGCAAGAUCCCUGACGUUAUUAAAAGAGUCGAUGCUAUUAAGAAAAGUAAUGUCCCAAUCGGCACCUUGAGAAUAAAGCAUAUAUUAGGAGGACUAAGAGGAGUUCCUGUAUUAAAUUCAUUUACAUGUGAAAUGUCUCCAGAACAAGGUCCAUUAAUCAGAGGUAAAACAAUCAAUGAGCUGCUUAGGUUGCUACCUUUGCAAGAUGGCUGUCUAUACCCUGAAUCAAUGUUUUGGUAUUUAUUAACUGGAGAAAUCCCUACACAGCAAGAAAUUUCCUCAUUAAUUAAUAGCUUAGAUGCUGUAUCCCAGCUUCCUGAACAAGUUAUCAAAACUCUUGACACCUUGCCUCAGAAUUUCCCUGCAACCAGCUUGUUAUCAAUUGGUAUCAUGGCUUUACAAGAAAAUAGCCAAUUUGCCUCAGCAUAUUCCACAAUCAAGAGAAAAGACUUAUGAAUCCCAGCAUUUGAAGACUCCCUAGUAAUUUUAGCCAAACUGCCCGUAUUAGCUGCUUAUAUAUAUUGUAAAAGAUCAGGGAUUGAUAUUAAUAAUACUGACUUUAAAGACAUUGGAGGGAAAUUUUUAGGACUAAUUGGUGCUGGGACACCAAAUAAUAUUGGGUUUUUACGGCUAUUUUUAAGCCUUUAUUGUGAUAGUGAUUCUGGGAGUGUUGGUGCUCAUGCGAGUAAAGCAAUUGGAUCGCCACUUUCAGACCCUUUUAAGUCAAUAGCUGGAGCUAUUAAUGGAGUUUCAGGACAUUUGCAUGGAAAAGCUGUCCAAGAUAGCUUAGAAUGGAUAAUAAAAGCAAAUAAUUUUUAUCUUGCACAGGCGAAUAGAGAUAUUAAUGAUAAUAAAAGCAUCCCAGGAUUCGGGCAUGCUGUUUUAGGGAGAAGAGAUCCAAGAUAUGAUAUAAUUCAUGAUUAUUGGAAAAGUAAAGACCCAAAAAAUCCUUGGCUUAUUAAUAUAGAAAAAGCUGCAGAAGAGGUGCCUAAAUUGCUUACUCCCCCCCCCCUCCGUGAGUGAACAAAACCAUUAGAAAAAUCGCCAUUUUUUGCCCAAAAACCCACCCUCCGUGAGUGAACAAAAAUUUUUUACGGAAAAAAAUCUUGAUAUAUAAAUGAUAAUUAAUAUAAUGAAAUCUAGAGCUAAUUCUGUUUAAUUUUAAAUGAAUUGCAUUUUAAAACAUAAAUUUUAUAAAUUAAAUUAAUAUUUGCUUUCAAAUUUUUGCAAAUUAGGAUUUUUUUAAAUUUCAAAAACAAAAUUUUUUAUAAAAUUUAUAUAUAAAUUUUUUUAAAAAAAAAAUAAACCCCCUCCGUGAGUGAACAAAAUUUUUUUGUUCACUCACGGAGGGGGGGGGAGUUAGAGGAAAACUCAGAGAUCCACAAGUAAAUGGAGAUUUUAUUUCUGGUGCUGCUUUAUAUUCAUUUGGAGUAAGAGAUGGAGAAAUGGGGCCAGUCUUGUUUGGCGUUUCAAGAGCAAUGACUUGUUUAGCUAACUAUAUAUGGGAUAGAGCUUGUGAGAUGCCUAUUGAAUAUGCAAUGAGCUUCGAUAUAAAUGGUUUAGAAACUAUUGCAAAAUCUAACUAA